AUGAUGGUUCUGAUUGGAGAAUCGGGGGUGGGAAAGACCAAUCUGCUCUCGCGCUUCACCCGCAACGAGUUCAACCACGACAGCCGUACCACGAUUGGGGUGGAGUUCUCCACGCGGACCAUCCUGGUGGGAGACGCCCUGGUGAAAGCCCAGAUCUGGGACACGGCCGGGCUGGAGCGCUACCGGGCCAUCACAUCGGCAUACUAUCGCGGAGCCGUGGGGGCGCUCUUGGUGUUCGACAUCACCAAGCAUCAGACGUACGACGUGGUGGAGCGCUGGCUGAAGGAGCUGUAUGACCACGCGGAGGCCACCAUCGUUGUGAUGCUGGUGGGCAACAAGACGGAUCUGGCCCAAGCCCGGGAGGUGCCCACAGAAGAGGCCAGGAUGUAUGCAGAAAACAACGGGCUGCUCUUUGUGGAGACCUCUGCCUUGGACUCCACCAACGUGGAACUGGCUUUCGAGACCAUCUUGAGAGACAUUUUCAAUAAAGUGCAGAAGCAGAAGCAGAAGAGCCCCCUGGACAACAGAGUCUCGCUCUCCACCGAAAGUGACACCGCGGCGUCCACCUCGGCGGCUGCGGAGGGGAAGAAGUCCUGCUGCAUGAACCUCUGAGGGGGCCGGUGGGUGGGAGGCACCAGCCGGGUUCAUGCACUGCAUUGAGCCAAGAGGACAGGUUAAUCCUGGUUUGCCCCACCAGCUAGUGGCUGGGUUCACAUUAAGCCAAAAUUAAGCCAUGAUAGGCUAAAAGCCUAUUGUACUGCAGUUUAGCCAUAGAAGAUGGACUUCAGGAUUUCUUGAUCUGCUUGCCUACCUCAAGUUCGGGCAUUUGGCCUUGUUGUGUUGGAGCAACAUAGGAAGUCAUUCCAAAGCGGCUUCUAGAUUGGAUCCAGAGUCACCCACACAUAGAAGCCAAGAGGCCAGUCCUAAGUCCGGAUGUCCGGCUGUGCCUGUGAAACAAAACACUCUCCUCCCCACCCCCCUGGAACCUCCCUGGCCUUCCAGCCACUAGUGCUAAACAUGGGACCACCAGCCACUGCAACUCACCAGCCUUUGGUCAGCCUUGCCAAGGGAAAGUGCCUCUUGGCCCUGGAAGCAUCCGGGCAGAACCUGUGCUAGGAGUUGAUGGGAAGGGGCUUCCCGUCUGAUCUUAACCAUGAUUCUCCCAAGAGAACCCUGUCUGAACCUCUAUUCGUCUUCUGGAUGGUGCGUACAAGUGUUUCCUGAUCUGGGUUGGUGCCAGGGCUUUUUCUCCAGUUGAAACUCAAGGAGAGCUUGACUCCAUUGUAGGCAACACACACACACACACACACACACACACACACACACACACACACCUGCUUGCCUACUCCGUGCU